CGAGGCCGAGAGGAAAGGGAGCUGCAUACUCCCCUGACCCUAGCGCAUGUCCGGGUCCCCAGAGUCCUGUACAACCCGCGCAUGGGGGAUGCUCUGUCUGAUUGGUCCCCCAUGCAUGAGGCUGCGAUCCAUGGACGAAUGCUGUCUCUGAGGAACCUCAUCAGACAGGGGUGGCCUGUGAACCUGGUCACAGUUGAUCAUGUGUCGCCUCUCCAUGAAGCCUGUCUGGGGGGUCAUGCCUCCUGUGUAAACCUGCUGUUAAGACAUGGAGCACUGGUGGAUGGUGUGACUACUGACUGGCACACACCUUUGUUCAAUACCUGCAUUAGUGGCAAUCGGGAGUGCUUGGAGCUACUUCUGCAGAAUGGAGCCAGCUUCCUGCCGAUGAGUGACAUGACUUCUCCAAUCCACGAGGCUUCCAAGAGAGGUCACCUGGAAUGUAUUGAAUGCCUGACAUCUUAUGGAUGCAACGUCAACCAUAACAUUGGCUUCCUUGGCACACCACUGUAUCUGGCUUGCGAGAACAACCAUAUUGCCUGUGCCAAAAGACUUCUGGAUUCUGGAGCUGAUGUGAACAUCGGCAAAGGGCUAGAGUCUCCUCUGCACGUGGCGGCCAGGACGACCUGCAAGGAGUUGGCCUGCCUCCUGAUGGAUUUUGGAGCAAAUGUUUAUCUCAGGAACUCUGAAAACAAACGUCCGGUGGAGCUGGUUCCUCCUGAUUCUCCACUGGCCAGUGUGUUCCUGGAGAGAGAAGGGCCUCCCACUCUGAUGCAGCUCUGCCGCCUGAGGCUCCGCCAGUGCUUCGGGGCGCUUCCCCAUCAGAGAGUCAACUCACUCAUGAUCCCGGAGGAGCUGAAGCGUUUCCUACUCCACCACUAAGCAUGUUCAGCAAAUGCAAAUUCAGA